AUGGAUAAAUACCAGAAAAUAGAAAAGCUAGGCGAAGGCACCUAUGGAAUUGUCUACAAAGCCCAGAACCGUGAUACAAAUGAGGUUGUUGCAUUAAAACGCAUCCGCCUUGAUAAUGAGGAAGAAGGAGUGCCUUGUACUGCCAUUCGAGAAAUUUCCUUGUUGAAGGAACUCAAGCAUCCCAACAUUGUCAGACUUUACGAUGUUUUGCACACCGAAAAGAAACUGACGCUCGUAUUUGAGUACCUGGAUUCCGACUUGAAGAAAUUUCUAGACUCUUACGGUGGUGAUAUUGAUACUGUGACAAUCAAACAAUUGAUGUAUCAACUCUUAAAAGGAAUUGCCUUUUGUCAUGAAAACAAGGUCCUUCACAGAGAUCUGAAACCCCAGAAUUUGUUGAUCAACAAGAAAGGAGAGUUGAAAUUGGGUGAUUUUGGUCUGGCAAGAGCUUUUGGCAUUCCAGUUAGAAGCUACUCUCAUGAGGUGGUUACUCUGUGGUACCGCGCUCCAGAUGUGUUAAUGGGAUCUAGACAAUACUCGACAUCAAUUGAUCUAUGGUCAGCAGGAUGUAUAUUUGCAGAAAUGGCAUCUGGAAGGCCUUUGUUUCCUGGAAGCUCUAUUCCUGAUCAGCUUCAGCGCAUUUUCAAAGUAUUGGGAACUCCAACCGAGGAAAUAUGGCCAGAUGUGUCUAGACUCCCUGAAUACAAACGUGAUUUUGAAAUAUUUGCUCGGAUAUCUCUUGAAAAUAUGCUUCCCAAGUUGGAUAGCCUCGGAAUCGACCUCUUAAAAAAACUUCUUGAAUACCCUCCUAGAAAGCGUAUUACCGCAAAAGCUGCGUUGCAACAUUCUUAUUUCGAUGAGUUGAGAAAGAAAGAAUCCUCAUCAGAACCUGUUCCCAAUGAUAGCAGAUAGAAUAGCAAAACAAACAAGAAAAUAUCGACUCCUUCCUCCCUCUAAAAAAUAACAAAUCAUUUCUUUGUUGUCUUAUCCCUCCUCGUUUUCUUCUUUUAUCACAGUAUUAUUUAAUACAUGUAUUUAAUCUCUAAUGAGUUC